CUCGAGCUCUGGACAAACUGCAAAAGUCAAGCGCGACGCACUUUUGUCUCGUGCAAAAAAAAUCCUUCUUCACCCCUCCAAAGAUUAUUUACCGGGGGCCGCGAGGACUUCCAGCCGGAUUGAUGUUUACUGACAUGGUGUCCAAGUUGACAUCGCUUCAGCAGGAGCUCCUGAGCGCCUUGCUGGACUCGGGGGUCACGAAGGAUGUCCUGGUCCAGGCGCUGGAGGAUUUAUGCCCGUGUCCCGCAGAAUUCGGAAUUAAAAUAGAGAAGCCCCUGUCUCCGUCCAGUGCCAACGGCGGCAGCGACUGUGGCGACUCGAAACCGGUGUUUCUGACGCUGACCGGCGCGCAGGGGAAAGGCGGAAAACUGUCCGGUGAUGAAGGCUCGGAGGACGGGGAUGAUUUCGACACGCCACCAAUCCUACGAGAGCUGCAGUCGCUGAACACCGAGGAGGCCGCGGAGCAACGCGCGGAGGUCGAGCGCAUGCUGUCAGAGGACCCGUGGCGGGUUGCUCGCACUAUUAAAGGCUACAUGCAGCAGCACAAUAUCCCGCAGCGGGAGGUGGUGGACGUGACGGGCCUCAAUCAGUCUCACCUGUCUCAACACCUCAAUAAAGGCACGCCGAUGAAGACCGCCAAAAGAGCCGCGCUUUACACCUGGUACGUCCAGAAACAGCGCGAAAUCGACCGACAGUUCGACCGUGUUCAGGGCUCUGACCCCAGUGACUCAGCCAGUCAGGAUCAGGUCCUGUUUUUUUUCCCAGAAUUCAAUCACGGCGGACACAAUUCGGGGGCUGCGGGGGGAUCUGGAGCAGCGGUGGGAGAUGAGGGGGAGCCUGGAUCAAAGAGGAUGAGGAGGAACCGCUUCAAAUGGGGCCCGGCGUCCCAGGAGAUCCUCUAUCAGGCUUAUGAACGACAGAAAAACCCCAGCAAAGAGGAGAGAGAGGCGCUGGUGGAGGAGUGCAACAGGGCAGAGUGUGUGCAGAGAGGAGUGUCGCCCUCUAAAGCUCAUGGGCUUGGAUCUAACCUGGUCACGGAGGUUCGUGUGUACAACUGGUUUGCUAACCGGCGUAAAGAGGAAGCUUUCAGGCAGAAGCUGGCAAUGGACACGUACACACCUCACAUGAACCCUCUGCUGUCCCACACACCAUCACACAGCCACCAUCACAGCUCUGAAUCAAAGCUCAGGUACAGUCAACAAGCAGCCAGUGAGGUCACUUCCUCCACGACCAUCAGUCAUCCGUCAGUAUUGCAGCAGGUUUCUCCAAGUGGUCUGGACCACUGCCAUGGCUUGUUAUCGACGGAUGCCAAAAUGAUCUCAGUCUCUGGUGGAGUUUUGCCUCCUGUGAGCACUCUGACCAACAUUCACAGUCUGUCUCAGUCGUCUCAUCAUCAUCAUCAUCAUCAUCACCAGCAAGCACAGAGUCUCAUUAUGAGUCUUGCUGCUCAAAGUCUGACGUCCCCUCAAUCUCAGAGUGUUCCCGUCAUCAACAGCGUGUCUGGACUCACAACUCUGCAGCCGAUGCAGUUUCCUCAGAGCUCCAGCCUCACACAGCUCACCACAGCUCACAUCUCCCAGCAGCCCUUCACACAGUCACACAUGUACUCUCCCAAACAAGAAGCUGGCCAGUUUUCCCAUCCGUCUCGGUACUCUACAAUGGACUCCAGCACCAUCACACAUCUGGGCUCCAGCAAGCAGUGCCCUUUGCAGGCCUGGUGAAUGGACGCAUCGGAGUGAGACCUUCCUCGGCAGCUUAGCAACAGCAGUGCUGGACCUGCGUGUUUCUGGGUAACCCGUGAUCACAGAGAGCUGACGGGAAACUACAGAAAAUCAACAAUACUUAUUCAUAUACUACACCUUAAGCCAUAAUGGAUGACAGAACAAACUAGCAGAAAUGCUAAGAUGACUGAACUCUGAGCCGAAGCUUUCAUAAUAACCAGUCUGAGGUGAUGAAAUCUUCAAUCACACUGUACAUACGAUUUAAUGAGGAAAUGUGGUUUGUUGUAACACACACGGUCAACUUUUCAUGCAAAACAAUAUGGAGCCAGAUAAGUCCAAAAAUAACACAUUUGCAAAAUAAAAUUCAUACACCAUUCAAAUGUACAAAAUUCAGUUCAAAAUUCGUAAAUACACAAAACACAAUUUGUAAAUACAUAAAACACAAUUCAUAAAUACACAAAACACAAUUUGUAAACUCACAAAAACAAUUCGUAAAUACACAAAACACAAUUCGUAAAUACACAAAACGCAAUUUGUAAAUACACAAACACAAUUCGUAAAUACAUAAAACACAAAUCGUAAAUGCACAACGCAAUUCGUACAUACACAAAACACAAUUUGCAAAUACACAAAACGCAAUUCAUAAAUACACAAAACACAAUUCGGAAAUACACAAAACACAAUUCGUAAAUUCACAUAACACAAUUCGUAAACUCACAAAACACAAUUCGGAAAUACACAAAACACAAUUCGGAAAUUCACAUAACACAAUUCGUAAACUCACAAAACACAAUUCGUAAAUACACAAAACACAAUUUGUAAAUUCACAAAACACAAUUUGUAAAUAAACAAAAUAAUUCGUAAACUCACAAAACACAAUUUGUAAAUACACAAAACACAAUUCGUAAAAUCACAUAACACAAUUCGUAAACUUACAAAACACAAUUCGUAAAUUUAAAACAAUUGAUAAAUGUACACAUCCAAUACUUUUGGGGAAAUAUUUCAGAUUUUUUUCUUUGAAUUUAAAUUUACGUAUUGGAUUUUUUAAAUGUAAAUUGUGCUGUGCGUGUUUGAGUUUUAUUUUUGCAAAUGUAUUAUUUUUGAGACUGAUCUGGCUCCAUAAAACAACAAUAACAAAAAAAUAGCAGAUCACUGAUGAGAUUUAGUUUUUUCACACACAUUUGAGAUUUGAAAUCACAUUAGCAUGUAAAUUCAUAUUUUUCACAACAGCAAAGUGGUCUUUCAGUUUCAGCACAUGGACUUGCACAUAGGAAUGAUCCCAAAAGCUACAAACGAAAUGAUUGCUUCUCAGGGAUUGAUUUCACACUACUCCACUGUAGCUAAUAUUAUGAGAAUGUGUAAAACUGCCUAAAGGCUUUGAUAUUUUUUAUAUAUAUAAGUUUUGGAAUCACCUCAAUCGUAUUUAUAUUUGUGUAAAUUGAUAAAUAAUACAUUUUUGAAGACAUUUUUCCUGGUUCUGUUGCUCAUUUCUAUGCGUUUAAUUCAAAGUCUCGUUGUAGCAGCAGGUAGGAAAUGCUUUCACACACUAAUGGAAACUCAGAGGUGUGAAGGAGGGUGAUUUGGGCAAUAAAAGGGUGUGUUUUUGUUU